AUGUGUGUGGAUUCUAUUUGUUUUCUUCCUUCUUAUCAGCCAGUUCGGCGGGGCACAAAUGGUGGUGUGACAAAAGCAGGACUCCUAGCAGCUGUUGUGGCAGGCAGCAUCAUUGAACUAACAUUCGUUUUCAUAGGCUUUUUCACAACAAGAUGCGCUUAUGACGUGGCUCUGAAGCAGCUACUAGUAAUACCUAUUUCUGCUUUGGCAGGGCUUUGUGGAAGUGUCAUAGACUCUCUAAACUUGGUUGGAGAUGACCAUUCUCUGCCUGCUGUAGCAGAAGUGGGACUGUCGCUUAGAUGCAGUUUUCCUUCCACUAUUGUACUAAUAGCUGAUGAACCUGCGAAUAAACUUGAUGUUAUUUGGAGUGCAAUUCAAGCCGACCGUGGUCCAGGGCAAGUGCGUGCUACUCCUAUCACUGUAGCAAAUGGGCGCACUAUUCGAGUAUCUUCAGUAUGUAUAAGUGAUUCUGGAAAAGCUUUUGGAAACUCAUCUGUUCUCCAUUUAAGUUGGGAACUCAGCAAUUGUGAUGGUUUGGCAUCUUGGGGUGAUUCCUAUGAUUUAGCAACAUCCAAAUCCACCUGGGAGAGGUUUUUGUUAUUGCAGAAUGCAUCAGGAUUGUGCAUUGUUCGUGCUACUGUUUUUGGGUUUUCUGAUAACAUGGUUGAUGAUCAUUCUAUUGCACCAUUUGAAAACUUGGAGAGUAAUCUUACAGAUGCUGUAUGUUUACAGGUAUGUUGUUUAUUAUUUAAUUUCUAUGCAGAUUCUUGGGGCCUGUUUGGUUGCACUUAAUAGUAUGAAUAUCUGUAACUUUGCAAAAAAAAAAAAAAAACCAAAACAAAAGGGUGAAUAAAUAUGAGAAUUGUUUUCUAGUGUUCUUUUUCCUUGGAGAAAAUAUUUGAAUGCUAGUGUAACAAUGGAGGUAGUUUGCUUCUUGAUAAUGGGUCAUAAUCUUCGCACUUGCAUUUCCAGAAACAAACUCCUAAACACAUUCGCAGUUGUU